GAGCAGAGGAGCUGGACGUGCAGCACGCCGAGACACUGCGGCCCACCCGUCGAGCGAGCGACCCAGCCAGACCACGACAACAACCCGCUCCCUCCCAACCCCGACUGCUUAAGAGGCCCACGACGUCGCAUCCCUCGCCCUCGUCUCUCUUGUUCUCGCUUGCUCUUGCUCCUGCUCCGUCGCAUCGCCUGCCUGUCCUUGCCACCGACCACCGACCCAUCACACACUCGGCGCACCAGCACAUCACUCCUUCCUUCACUUCGACCAGCCACCCACACAUCACCAUGGGCUACCUCCGCAGCCUCCUCUUCGCGCGCACCCUCUUCAUCCUCACGGCCGGCGCGCUCGCCGUCGCCGUCGCCGGCCUCUCCGGCUCGGCGCUCGUGCAGCUCCAGCAGAAGAGGAAGCUCGCUAAGAGCCUUUCGGCCAAGCUCGUCGCGACCGAUGUCAUCGGCGUCACUGGCACAUUCGCCGGCGCCGCUGGCUUUGCCGUCCUUGUUGCCUUCUUCUCCGAGUUCAUCCUCUGGCGCGAGAAGCGCAAGCGCCAGUCCAACGCCAUUCGUUUCUUCAACGAGUUCCUCCUCGCCUUCUCGGCCCUCGCCCUCCUCGGCGGCUGCAUUGCCGGCACCAUCAUCAUUCUCCACCACCAGGGCAAGGUGACCAUGGCCGGUAUCCCCGAGUCGGUCGUCCAGGGCAUUGUCAAGAACCUCGGCUACUCGCUUGCCUACAAGGACUACCGCUGCUUCCCUGCUCUCAUCUGCGCCUGGAUCUGCUUCGGCUUCGUCUUUAUCAACCUCAUCCUCGUCAUCCUCACCGGCCUCCACUACCGCAAGCUCGAGCGCCAGGGCGUGUUGGAGGGCGACGGCACCGACCGCGUCGUCACUGAGAAGCCUCAGAACGGCAACCACCUCGAGCACUAGGCGGUGUAGUGUAGUCUUUGGGUAGUAUCCUACCACGUUGGCAGACAACGAGGCUCUGCUCAUUCGUGUACGAUAGCUAUCGUAGUGUCAUAAUGCAGCCAGAAUAUGGUUUUGA